AUGCUCGACGAACUAGUCCGAGCUUCGUCAAACCCCGACGGUCUUGCUGAUGGCACAGUGAUUGGUAUCGAUAAUCAAUGGCCUUUGUCGGUUCUAGAAGUGAACAAGGGAGACCGUGUGGUGGUCAACAUGACCAAUGGCCUCGGGGACAAGAAAACCUCCAUCCACUGGCACGGCAUGUAUCAAGAAGGCACGAAUGACAUGGAUGGUCCUUCGAUGGUCACGCAACGCCCAGUGGCUCCGGGAUCAAGCUACCUUUACAAUUUCACCGUCAAUCAAAAUGGUACCUACUGGUAUCACUGCCACACGGACUACUUCUAUCCUGAUGGUAACCGAGCUCCCUUUAUCGUUCAUGAUAACUCUUCGUACUUUUACGAGGACUAUGAGGAGAUGACUCUCACAAUGAGUGAUUGGUAUCAUACCUUGGCAGAGGAUAUCAAACCCGAGUUCAUGUUCUUGUAUAAUCCUACUGGAGCGGAGCCAAUCCCUGAUUCUUUCUUGUUCAAUAAUUCGAUCAGUCAGAGUUAUUCUGUCCAGGCGGGUAAGACGUAUCUCAUUCGUCUCAUCAGUAUCUCUGCCUUUGUCGGUCAAUACUUCUGGAUUGAGGACCAUACCAUGCGUAUCGUCGAAAUUGACGGUGUCUAUGCCGACGAAGCGGAAGCCGACAAGUUGUACCUGUCUGCCGCGCAACGGUACGCCGUUCUGGUGACCAUGAAGAACUCCACUGAGAAGAAUUAUAGGAUGGUCAUGGUCGCCGAUUUGUCGCUUCUUGAUACGAUUCCGUCCGAUCUAUCGCUGAACCAAACCAACUGGCUCGAAUAUGACUCGAGUGCGGCACAAAAUAAUGCGACAUUGAACGUGUCCGACUCUUCGAAAAUCUAUCCCUUUGACGACAUCAACCUCGUGCCGCAUGAUAGGGUUCCGACAUUAUACACCGUCAAGUACGCCGGUGAUCUGGCCACUGAUUCUACCAUCUACGGUGACUACACUCACUCUAUCGUGCUGGAGAAAGAUGAGGUAGUCGAGGUGGUUCUCAGCAAUCAAGACACCGGUACCCAUCCAUUCCACUUGCACGGGCAUAAUUUCCAAUUGCUGGAUCGAUACCCACCCUAUGGCACCAACUUUUACGACUACGAUGCCGAGACAGAGUUUGCAACCUUUGAUUCUUCAAACCAUACCGCAUUCCCCACAUAUCCUGCCCGACGAGAUACAUUCGUCCUUCCCCCCGGCGGAUACUAUGUCAUCCGCUUCGUUGCCAGCAACCCGAGAGUCUGGCUCUUCCACUGUCACAUUGACUGGCAUACGAUGCAAGGUCUUGCGAUGACGUUUGUGGAAGAUUCUCUCACAAUCCAGGAUCAUUUCAGCAUCUCUCAGAACCAGAUUGAUGUCUGCGAGGCUGCUGGGAUGAGCUGGGAAGGUAAUGCCGCCGGGAACACUGAGGAUUACUUGGAUCUGAAGGGACAGAAUAAACCCCGGGCUUUAUUCCUGAAGGUUUUACCACACGCGUUUACCAUGCACGAAUCAGAGUUGGGUGAUGAAGAUACUGCGACGGCACAAGGAGGGGAAUCAGCGUCGCCAUAUCGGGAUUGA